GCAGUCAUGACUUCCGCGUCUCAUCUGUGCCUGUGUUCACGUGAUUGGCUUUAUUAAAUGACAUUGGCAUCUUGCAGACGCAUUGUAAAAUGCAAUACUUUGAAGAGGUCCGGCUUGAAAACUGCGAGGGAUUCUUGUCGAAAGUCGAGUGACAGGAGAUUCUGCAGUGAGCUGAAGGAUCAGUGUGGACGGUGUGGCCUCUGACCAGAGCUAGUCAGUGAAGAAUGGAUGCUGAGGCAACGCAAAUGCCCCACUUUACCCCUAAUCUGGUGAUGUCGCCGACAGUGGACCAAGUUUCUCCGCUCCAACGCCAGGACGCAGGCAAAGGCACCCCAACAUCGGAGGUUGUUUUGGGAGGAAGCAUCUCAAGGAAAACAAAUGAGUCGUUCCAAAUACAAAAUGGGACUGAGUUAGGAGACGAGGAGAAUGUGACCUUUAUCACAGAAAGCAUGAGUGUCACUACAGCAGAUGAGGAGAAGCUGCUACUUCUGAACAGGAACACUGAACUGAGACGCAUUAACCAAAAGCUGAUGAAACUGAACCAAGACUGGGACCAGAUCUAUCGAGUAACCACCAGUGAACUCCAGCAGAGAGUGACAGUACUACAGAUGGAGGUUUCAGAAACCAAUCAACAUGCAUGUGCACUUUCUAAGAAACUAGAUAAUGAGCAGUGCAAAAGGGAGUAUUAUGAGCAAUCCUUUAUGCAAGAGAUGAAAAGGAAUCAACAGCUCCAAGAAUAUGUGAGACAACUAGAAAAUAAAUUGCAUACCAUGGGAGAAAGAGACCAACCAUCACUGAAAGAUGAGCCAUGGAGACCAACUCUAAGUGAUGAAACAGCAGCCAAUGGCACUCAACAACCAGAAGCAGAUCAAAAACAAGCAGCACCCUCAUCAGCAAAACACGGGCGGGUCUUGGCAAAGGCAAGGGAGCAAGGUCAAUGUGGAGUGACAAAGCCAGAAGUGGCCCAACAUGUAUCUCCUUAUGGGAUCUCCCAGAAGGAGUGUAAGGAGCUUCUGGAUCAAAUGGCUGCUCUAGUGUGUCAGACAAAGCUCUUUGAAUCAGAUUAUAAGACGGAACGCAAAGACCGACAACGCACUCAAGCUGAAAAUGAAAAACUGAAGAAAGAAACAGAAGAUAUGUAUUUGCAGAUGAACCUUCUUCAGGAACAGCUCAAGAUUUAUGAGGAUGACUUUAAAAGGGAAAGGUCUGAUAAGCAAGUUCUUCAGCGUCUGCUAAAGAGUAAAUCAGAAAGUAAGGAGCCAGUUCUCAUCCACCGGUGCAACAACACUCAUCAGAAGUCUCCAGAAAUCAAGAGAAUGCAGUGUAGCAAGCAUUGUAUUGAACGACACUCUAACUGUUCAACCCAUCACAAAUGUAAAGGUGCAGAAAUUCAAGCAGUGCCUUACUCCAUAGGCUAUCAUUAGAGAAGAGCUUUGGAAGAAGGUUGUACUGAAAGGAGUACUGUCAGUGUCCUGGAAGACCUGCUACACUUGUGUGUCCUUAUUUAUAAAUGAAGCAAGAAAAGCCAUGACCAUUAACUAUUGUGUACAAGUUAUACUUGUGUUUGAAUUUCAUGCCCUCCAAAUUUAGAACAACUCUUAAGCAUGAAUACAUUAACAUGUCUGUAUAAAACUUCACUGUGUGUCAGAUUACUAAUAGAUUCAUUUAAUGGUGUAGUUAAAAUGCUAUACUGACAUCUGUAUUAAUUUGUCAACAGUAGUUCGGUGAUUGGUAUCUUUCACCUGUGAAUCAGAGAGUAGUUGGUUCAAAUCCCAUGCAAGGCUGGAGCACAAUAAUCUAGGUCGAUGCUCCAACCCAGUGCUAAGGGAUCACCCAAAUAAUUGCUCAUUCUAUCUCACCACCCAGUCUGACUACAGAGGAUGGUGCUGGGCAGGACAGAUCUUGGCAGGAGUAAAUGGUCCGCCUGAGCAUGAUGGCUAUUAAGAAUUACUUAAUGUAUAAUAGAUGUCUGUUUAAACUACUAAAAAAAGUAGUCAUUUUUAAUUUUGCACAUCCCCACCUAACAGCAAAGAGAAAGGGAAGGUAACCAUUUUUCAGUAAUGAGGUAGCUCUUGACCUUGAGUCUGAUCCCAUGCUCGGCAAGCAGUAGAUACUAAAUGUUAUGAUAAACUGUUCAACAUCCUUCUCCCCAUCUUUCCAAGCAGAAGAUGAGAUUGUGGCAGUCGUAUCAUAAUCAAUGAAGGCACCAACUUUUGGUUAUAUGAAAAUAUUUGCAGGUAAUGUUACCUGCAAUUAUCAUCUGACAUUUCUUCAUCAUGUGAGAGGCACAUGCAUUCAAACUAGUUACUGAUGUUCUAGAUACCCUAAUCCAGUGCCUUAUUCCAGACUCGUUUGCCAUCAGUUCAUUAAGGCCAAAAUUAAAGAACUUUUUCAAGUUGAUUCUAGACUUCUAGUCUGCAUAAGGUUUACCCAUCAAAUGGAUUAUCUGAUGAUUACCUCCCUGAAGUUUGUGGAGUCUUGCUGCGAAUGAGUCACUGCAUUGCUUCUACAAAACAACUGUUAAUCUUUAAUUGGAAAGUGCUUUAGUCCUCAGAGGCUGAAAUGUUCUAUAUAAGUGCAAUGUUUUCUAUCUAAUAUAAAUGAGGAAAUGUACCUUAUGUAGCUAAUACUGUAGUUUAUCUCCAACAUUCAUAUUUACACAUUAUUUCAUUUAUUUAUAACUAUACUUGGGGAGGUGUAUCAAAUAAAAUAGGGCACACCUAUUUUGUGUUGUUUGUAACAAACACUUUAACUUGGUAGCCUUUUGUGCACAAGAUUAUUGACUGUUAAAUCAUAGAAACUUUGGGUGUAAUUUGCUACAAAAUUUCUAUCCAGUGGUUUCAAUAGUCAUGCAGAACAUAUUAUUGGAUUACUAGAUCACGUUCAGAGUAAGGUUUGUAACUUAUAUCUAAUAUGACUCCAUUAGGAGUUAAUAAUAUUUUUCUUUCUUCCAGACUUUAAUAAUUUAAGAACUUUGUUAGCUUAUUAUUGGGACAAAUGGUCCCAGUAUGAGGAAAAAAACAAAGGACUGAAGAAUGUUCUUUAUUCUGGUGUCUCUGUAACAUUUUUUUAAAUUAAAAAAAAAUCUUAACACCGGUAUCUGUAAUACUCAGCAAUCAUUGCAACUUCAGCAAUAUUUUGGAGGGGAGAAAAUCUAUAAGCUUGUUCUUUCCAUGGUAUGUAAAUUCAGACUUUAGAGUGCAAGUCAUCAUACUACUUGUAAAGUGCUAGGCACUCCAGGUAAAUAUUUUAACGCUUCUGCUUUAUGUGCACAUGUGUGCAUCUGCAAUACCAAGAUCUCAAAAGAAAUGAAAAACUAACCGUGAAAUCAUUUUGUGAUUAUAAAUAGUGAUCAAAAAGUGUUCUUAUCUAUCAAAAGGGCACUAUAUGUUAAAUUAACUUAGAUUGGCAUAUUGCUUGGAAUAAACAAGUUGGGCUGUAUAACUCUAAAGCUAUGAAUCUGAUGCAAACAGAGAAAGAACUUUAAUGUACUUGAGGCAUAUUCCCUGUGGUUCAUUUGGAUGGCAUCAGGGAAGCAAGGUUAUCCUUUUUAGGUAAGAGAGUAAUAGCACUGUCUGGUAUAAUGGCAAACAUGAUGUAAUUUUUUACUUUUCCAACAUAAAUUAUGGAAUUGACAGUGUUUUGGUCAUUAGAUAAUGAACAGUGAUAGAUGUCUUUUUUUUACUUCAAAGAAAGAUGACACAUGGGCUUUCAUGUGUUUUGUGCAACUUGUUUGCUCAGGUAUAGAAGCUGUCUGAUUUCUCUUUUCCCUGUUCUGCAGGCUUGGCACUCAAAACAUUAAUAGAUGCAAAUGUUUGGUUGCACUGACAUCCUGUGCAGGGACAAAAUCUUUCAUGAUCAUUUUGUAAUAGGUGAAAUUGUUGCCUUUCUUUCAAUGUGUUGGCACAAACCUAAUUAUCUUUGGAGACCACGUCUGUGCCUGAGAAAACCCUGGUGGCACAGGUUAACUGCUGCCACUACAAAUGUGUUGAAUUCAAUGCCAUUUGUGGGUGGCAAUGGUGGGGGAGAAUUGCAGGGUACUUUCACCUUUUCACAAUCUUAAUAUAGUGUCCUUCAUCUUUUGCUGUGCUUGUAUGCAUAAGAUGUAUAAAGUAAAUAUCUACUCUACUAAUUUUUCUGUUUUAAUAAAGUUACUGAUUAAUGAC